AUGGACAGCGACGACGACUACGGUGCGGCGGGUUUCAUGGAGGAGCCCGAGGACUUUUACCCUCCCACGCCGCCGCCUACGCAGCAGACGUACACGAUGCAGAGCGGCAAGGCCAUCCUCCUGAACCUGGUCGGCGCCAGCCCGACCGAGGCGCACCACCUGUGGAACGGCGCCAAGGUUGUGUCCGACUACUUUGAGGCCGAGCCGGCGCGCGUCCGCGGCAGGACGGUGCUGGAGCUCGGCGCCGCGUCGGGCCUGCCUUCGCUGGUGGCCGGCAUCCUGGGCGCCCGGAGAGUCGUCAUGACGGACUUUCCGGACCCGGACCUGGUCGUCAACAUGCAAAAGAACAUUGACGCGUGCGACGAGACGACGGAGCCCCGGGGCCAGAUGGCAUCCGCCGUCGACGCGGCGGGCUUUGUCUGGGGCGGCGACGUGGCGCCGCUGCUCGAGCGACUGCCAGAGGGAAGGACGCGGUUCGACGUGCUGGUCCUGGCGGACCUGCUGUUUCGACACAACGAGCACGGGAUGCUGGUCAAGACGAUCCGCGAGGCCAUGGGGACGACGGCGGACAGCGUGGCGUACGUCUUCUUCACGUCGUACAGGCCGUGGAAGCGGGACCUGGACAUGAAGUUCUUUGACGUGGCGCGGGAGGCUGGGCUGGAGGUGGUGCGGGUGGAGGAGAGGAUGCUGGACAAGCCGCUGUUUGAGAAUGACCCGGGGGAUCUGGACGUGCAAAAGACGGUCAAUGGGUUCGAAGUGCGGUGGCCCAAGGCGUAA